ACAAUAGGGAUCCCAGAAGUGUUUCGGACGCGGUCGUGUUCAUGUAUGUCGUGCCGUUUGCUUUUUUUUCUCCGUAACUGCGCGAACGUAUGCACACUCGGACCCGCUGGUGACGUAGUACCCGUGGUGACGCGUAUCGCGUACGAUGCACUCGGUCAAGUGACGGUACGCGAUAAUACACGUUCUCUGAUAUCGAACAAGUGUGCGCGCCGGUUAGUGUUGGUUCGUUUCCCGAGUGUGUGCACCCGUGUCUCCCCCCGAUGAGUGUGUAUCUAUCCAACGUGUGUGGAUAAAGGAAAAAUAUUUACGGCACCAUGUCGCUGCCACGGCGAAGAUUGGAUUACGCGCUCACGGUCGAAUUAUUGCCGUUUGCACUAUUGGUGAUUGUAUGUUUCUGCAUACCUGCGGUAUCCGGUUUCAUGUCAUGUUCGCCGAGCCCUUGCAAGAAUGGCGGAGUCUGCGUGUCGUCACCGCGCGGCGAGUCGCAUUGCAAUUGCACGUCAAAAUACGUGGGAGAAUACUGCCAACAUAUGAAUCCGUGCUAUACAGGGUCGCGCUGCCAGAACGGCGGCUCGUGCAGAGUGCGCGAGAGCAUCGGGGGCGGCACUCCGUCCUUCGCGUGUUCUUGUCCUGUAGGCUUUACUGCCAGCUUGUGCGAAAUCCCCAUCGAGAAUGCCUGCGACUCCUCGCCCUGCCUCAAUGGCGCCACAUGCAAUCUCAAAUCAUUGCACGAAUAUGUGUGUAUAUGCAGCACCGGAUACACAGGCGAACAUUGCGAGCGACAGGAUUACUGUGCCUCUUCGCCUUGUCGAAACGGAGCUGAGUGUCGCUCGCUCGAGGACAGUUAUAAAUGCACAUGUGCACCUGGCUUCACGGGACCGAAUUGCACGGACGACAUCAACGAGUGCGACAGGAAUCCGUGCCGACAUGGUACCUGCAAAAAUACUCACGGAUCUUACAAAUGCAUGUGUUCAAACGGAUACACCGGGCAAAAUUGCGAGAAUGAAUACAUUCCUUGCGACCCGUCACCAUGUGAAAACGGAGGCUCCUGUCAUCAAAUCGGUGAACAUGACUACGAGUGCAUCUGUCCCGAAGGAUUCCGAGGCAAUCAUUGCGAGGAGAACAUCGACGAUUGUCCGGGCAACCUCUGUCAAAAUGGCGCCACUUGCAUGGACCGAGUGAACGAGUACUCUUGUCUGUGUCCGCCGGCCUUCACGGGCACGCAAUGCGAGCUGGACGUGGACGAGUGCUCUGUACGGCCAUCCUUGUGUCACAAUGGCGCUACAUGCACGAAUUCGCACGGCAGUUAUUCAUGUAUAUGCGUGAACGGCUGGACCGGGCCCGACUGCAGCGUCAACAUCGAUGACUGUGCAGGUGCUGCCUGCUUCAAUGGUGCUACCUGCAUCGAUCGCGUUGGUAGCUUCUAUUGCCAAUGCACGCACGGAAAAACCGGACUGCUUUGCCAUCUCGACGAUGCAUGCACGUCGAAUCCGUGUCACGAGGGUGCCAUCUGCGACACCAGUCCUAUCAACGGGUCCUUCGCCUGUUCUUGCGCUACCGGAUAUAAAGGACUAGAUUGUUCCGAAGACAUUGAUGAGUGUGAACAAGGCUCUCCUUGCGAGCACGACGGUAUCUGCGUAAAUACGCCUGGGUCUUUUGCGUGCAACUGCACGCAAGGAUUCACGGGUCCGCGAUGCGAGACGAACGUGAACGAGUGCGAGUCGCAUCCGUGUCAGAACGACGGCUCCUGCCUGGACGAUCCUGGGACCUUUCGAUGUGUCUGCAUGCCUGGCUUUACCGGUACCCAAUGCGAAAUCGACAUAGACGAGUGCGCAACGAGGCCCUGCUUGAACGGUGGCAUCUGCAGCGAUCUCAUCAACUCUUUCAAAUGCACCUGUGCCCAAGGUUUCGCUGGUUCUCAUUGUCAGAUCAACAUUGACGAUUGCGCUUCGUCGCCGUGCAAGAACGGUGGUAUUUGUCAGGAUGGUAUAGCGAGGUACACAUGCCAGUGCCCACCCGGCUUCACCGGUGCUUCCUGCGAGACCAACAUCAAUGAUUGUGCGUCGAAUCCAUGUCACAGCGGCACCUGCAUCGAUGGCGAGAACAGCUUUACCUGCAACUGUUAUCCUGGCUUCACUGGCAAGCUAUGUCAGACGCAAGUCGAUGAGUGCGAGAGUAAUCCGUGCCAGUUUGGUGGUAGAUGCGAAGAUCGUAUCAAUGGCUACCAGUGUAUUUGUCGACCGGGAACGUCCGGCACUAACUGCGAGGUCAACGUUAACGAGUGCUAUAGCAAUCCCUGUCGAAACGGAGCUAGAUGCAUCGAUGGUAUUAACAGGUAUUCCUGCGAAUGCGAGCCUGGCUUUACCGGGCAAUACUGCGAGACUGACAUAAACGAAUGCGCAAGCAAUCCGUGCGCGAACGGCGGCCGUUGCAUUGAUGUGAUAAACGGCUUCAGAUGCGAGUGCCCACGCGGUUACUACGAUGCCAGGUGUCUGAGCGACGUGGAUGAGUGUACGAGCUCGCCUUGCUUGAAUGGCGGCACUUGCGAGGACGGGGUGAACCAGUUCAUCUGCCAUUGCUUGCCCGGUUACGGCGGCAAGAGGUGCGAGGCGGACAUUGACGAGUGCAGUUCAAACCCCUGCCAGCACGGCGGCACAUGCAACGACCAUCUGAAUGAUUACAGCUGCAAAUGUUUGCCUGGCUACGCCGGCAUCAAUUGCGAGACCAACAUUGACGACUGUGCCAACAACCCCUGUCAGAAUGGCGGCUCCUGUAUCGAUCUCGUUAACGACUAUAAAUGUGUCUGCGAACUGCCCCAUACUGGCAGAAAUUGUGAGGACAAACUGGAUCCUUGUUCGCCGAAUAAAUGCCUCCAUGGAGCAAAGUGUUCACCAUCGUCCAAUUUCCUCGACUUUGCGUGUACGUGUACGGUUGGUUAUACAGGCAGACUGUGCGACGAGGAUGUGGACGAGUGCGUGAUGACUACGCCGUGCAGAAACGGUGCCACUUGUCGGAACACCAACGGCUCUUACCAUUGCAUAUGCGCCAAGGGCUACGAAGGCCGUGAUUGCAUCAUCAAUACCGAUGACUGUGCAUCAUUUCCUUGUCAGAAUGGUGGCACCUGUUUGGAUGGUAUCGGCGAUUACACGUGUUUAUGCGUGGAUGGUUUCAAUGGAAAACACUGCCAGGACGACAUUGACGAAUGCCAAUCGCAUCCCUGUCAAAACGGAGCCAUUUGUAAGGAAUACGUCAAUUCCUAUACAUGCCAAUGUCAGCUUGGCUUCUCCGGCAUUAAUUGUCAGACGAACGACGAAGAUUGUACCGAAAGUAGUUGCAUGAAUGGUGGCACAUGUAUCGAUGGCAUUAACAACUAUACAUGUGUCUGUAGACCUGGCUACACAGGAUCCAAUUGUCAAUAUCGUAUCAAUGAGUGCGACAGUUCGCCCUGUUUGAACGGCGCUACCUGUCAUGAUCACGUGCAGUAUUACACAUGUCAUUGUCCAUACGGCUAUACAGGUAAGCGAUGCGACAAGUACGUCGACUGGUGCGUCGACAAUCCAUGCGAGAAUCAGGCGAUAUGCGUGCAAGAACAGAACAAAUAUUACUGUAACUGCUCAGCCGGAUGGACCGGCAAAGUAUGCGAUGUAGAGAUGGUCUCCUGUAAGGAUGCUGCCAUCCGAAAAGGCGUGCCGGAAAAGAAUCUCUGCAACAAUGGCACCUGUGAGGACGUAGGCAAUAGUCAUCGUUGUCAUUGUUUUGAGGGUUACAUCGGCUCUUACUGUCAAGAGGAGAUCGACGAAUGUGAUACUGCGCCUUGUCAAAACGGCGCGACCUGUAAAGAUCUCAUCGGUUCGUACCAAUGCCAAUGCACUAAGGGUUUUCAAGGUCAGAAUUGCGAGCUUAAUGUCGACGAUUGCCGACCGAAUCCUUGCCAGAAUGGUGGCACUUGCCACGAUCUGAUCAACAGCUUCAGCUGUUCCUGUCCGCCCGGCACUAUCGGCUUAAUAUGUGAAAUUAAUAUCGACGAUUGCGUGAUCGGUGCUUGCCACAACAAUGGUACUUGCACCGACAAAGUGGGUGGUUUCGAGUGCAAGUGCCCGCCCGGUUUUGUCGGACCGAGAUGCGAGGGUGACAUCAAUGAGUGCUUAUCCAAUCCAUGCGCCUCAUCCGGCACUCAGGAUUGCGUGCAACUGGUCAACAAUUAUCACUGCAACUGCAAGCCUGGCUAUAUGGGUCGUCAUUGUGAAGUCAAGGUCAACUUUUGCGACAGCUCGCCGUGUCAAAAUGGCGGUCUAUGCACAGCUAAGCAGGAUGGACACUCAUGUGCAUGUCCCAGUGGUUAUCACGGUGUCAAUUGCGAAUUUGCCGGAUCUUAUUGCGACGCCCAGCCAUGUUUGCAUGGUGGUACUUGUCGCAUUGAGACCAGUAUGGGCUACCAUUGCUACUGUCCACCAGGCACGACCGGCACGCAUUGUGAGAUCGAUACCCGAACCGACUGCGACAGUAAUCCGUGCCAGCAUCCUGAUGCCAAUUGCCAAAACAUGAUGGGCACCUAUGUCUGCUUCUGUCCCUCCAAGUGGACCGGCAAAAAUUGCGAGACAUACGAUCCGAGUUACACUGGUAUAUUUGACAGGUCCAAUAUCAACAUACCUAAGAUGAACGAGUUUGAAGUUGAUUUGGAGCAUGAGCGUAAAAAGUGUGCUCAGAAUCAUUGCGACCAGAAAGCCGGUAAUCAUCACUGCGAUGAGGAGUGCAAUCGAUACGCGUGCAACUUUGAUGACAAUGACUGUUCACUAGGCAUCAAUCCAUGGCGUAACUGUACGGCGCCUAUGUGUUGGCAAAAGUUCAUGAACAACAUGUGUGACGAGGAAUGUAACAAUCCACAAUGUCUUUUCGACGGUAGAGACUGCGAGAAGAAGCUUUCCCCUUGCAACCCGGUCUAUGAUGCAUACUGCAGGAAACAUUAUGCCAACGGUCAUUGCGAUUACGGUUGCAACAACGCGGAAUGUAACUGGGAUGGUCUUGAUUGCGACAAGGAGCCACCAUCAUUGGCGGAAGGUAUCAUGUACGUAGUUGUAAGGAUGGAUCUCCAAACCUUUAGCAAGAAUAUUGUUAACUUCCUGCGUGACGUGGGUCAUCAAUUGAGAACGAUGGUACGCGUGAAGCAGGACGAACUUGGUAACAAUAUGAUAUAUCCUUGGAAACGCGACAGACAAUCUACCGGGACUACCGACAUAUUCGGACAGCCGAUCUAUCCUAAUACUAUGCAUCAUAAUGGAGUAAUUGCCUACUUGGAGAUAGAUAAUCGUAAAUGCACAAUGACAGAUGGUGCGUUAUGCUUCGCGUCGGCAAACGAGGCCGCUGAAUAUUUGGCUGCUACAGCAUCGAAGCAUACCCUGUCGCAGAAUUUCCCUAUUGAGCAAGUGCGAGGUGUCGUGAAACCUCAGAAUCCAGAAUAUACGGAUAGCCCAACGAAUUACAAGUAUGUUUUUAUCGGCGUGGUUAUUGUGGUACUUGGCGGAUUACUGGUGGGCGUGCUGGUGACUGCGCAACGGAAACGCGCCGUAGGAGUCACAUGGUUUCCCGAGGGCUUUUUGAGGACCAACAGCGGUAGCGGUCAACGACGUCGUUCGCGUCGGCGCGGCCCGGAUGGCCAGGAGAUGCGUAAUCUAAACAAACAGCCAUCGAUAAACUGCAUGGACAUGGACGUACACAAUAGCCGGGUACAAUCUCAAUGGUCCGACGACGAGUCCGAUUUGCCACCGUCGAAGCGGAUGCGUGCCAUCGAGCCGGGUUACGCCAGUGAUCACACUGCCAUUACGGAUUAUGAGGAGACAGAACCACGUAUGUGGACGCAACAGCAUCUGGACGCGGCCGAAAUACGUCGACCGGACGCUGGAGUAUUAACACCGCCCAGUUUGGAACACGGUCAGGAUGUGGACGCGCGUGGUCCUUGUGGCAUGACGCCGUUGAUGGUAGCGGCGGUACGCGGCGGCGGACUUGACACUGGUGAAGAGGAAGACGAGAGCGACGGCACCGCGGCAGUGAUCGCUGACUUAGUCGCUCAGGGAGCCGAUCUCAACGCCACUACGGACAAAAGCGGCGAGACGUCACUACAUUUGGCCGCGCGUUAUGCACGGGCCGAUGCGGCCAAGAGAUUGUUGGACGCGGGUGCCGACGCGAAUUCACAGGACAACACCGGUCGCACGCCGCUGCACUCUGCCGUCGCGGCCGACGCCAUGGGAGUUUUUCAGAUUCUGCUACGUAAUCGGGCGACGAAUUUGAACGCGCGCAUGCAUGAUGGCACUACGCCGCUGAUACUGGCUGCGCGUCUGGCCACAGAGGGCAUGGUGGAAGAUUUGAUUAACGCCGAUGCGGACAUUAAUGCAGCCGAUAACAGCGGUAAAACCGCGCUGCAUUGGGCUGCAGCGGUAAACAAUGUUGAUGCCGUCAACAUACUGUUGGUGCACAGCGCGAAUAGAGACGCUCAGGAUGACAAGGAUGAGACCCCAUUGUUCCUUGCAGCUCGCGAAGGCAGCUUCGAGGCGUGCAAAGCGUUACUGGACACGUUUGCUAAUAGGGAGAUUACCGAUCACAUGGAUCGGUUACCUCGCGAUGUUGCCAGCGAAAGACUGCAUCAUGAUAUCGUUAGACUACUCGAUGAACACGUACCGAGAUCGCCGCAGAUGGUCACAGUCAUUCCGAAUGGUCCUCUUAUAGGAUCUCCAAAUCAUACACAAUUAAUCACGCAUCCUACGGUGAUCGGUUCAGCGCCGAAGCAAACCAAGUCAAAGAAGCGACCAAAGGCGGGCGGCAUGGGAAACCCGAACAGUCCAGAAUCUGAGGGCGGCGGUGCGGUGGUGAUGGUAAGGCGAAAACCAUCAGUGAAGAAGCCCCCGGUUAAGCGCGGCUCUCAGCCCCCAAACCAGGAGAUUCCACAAGGAGCGGAAGGCGCCGAGGGUAACCUGCCAACGAGUCCGUAUGACAGUGCGAGUCUCUAUAGUAAUGCAUUACCUUUAGUGGCUCAUACGGUGACGGGAAAACAACCACCACCGUACGAAGACUGCAUUAAGGGUCAGUCGAUACAGGGUUUGCAGCAACUCGGACUGGACACUUUUGCGACCAAUUACGGAUUGCCAUUUCACGAGCAGCUCCUAGCGCCACAUCAACGACAGCAGCAAGGCAUGGUGAACACACUGUCACCGCCGUACAGCAAUCAGUCGCCACCGCAUUCUGUGCAAUCUAACAUGACCCUCUCUCCACAAGCGAGCUACAUGGGCUCGCCGUCACCGGCGAAAAGUCGGCCGUCGCUGCCUACCUCGCCAACUCAUAUUGCCGCUAUGCGGCAGGCGACGCAUCAGAAGCAUGGCAGCAUGCCACCAGUCGGCUUUGAUUUCGACAAUCUGCCAUACUCCUCGAGCCAGCAACAGCAGCAACAGCAGCAGCAGCAGCAGCAGCAGCAACAGCAGCAGCAACAACACCAACAACAGCAGCAACAGCAGCAGCAGCAGCAGCAACAACAGCAGCAGCAGCAGCAGCAACAGCAGCAGCAACAACACCAACAACAGCAGCAACAGCAGCAGCAACAGCAGCAGACGCAACAAUAUUAUCAGUACUUGACACCACCAUCCCAUCAUUCCGGACCCGAUGUUACACCGCAGCAUCUGAUGCAGGCACCUGAGAGCUUCCCGACACCUUCGCCGGAUAGUCCGGGCCAUUGGUCCUCGAGCUCGCCCCAUUCGAACAGCGAUUGGUCAGAAUGCAUGGCCUCGCCUACGAAUGCCUACGGCACGAGCGGCGGCGCUCACCAAAGCAACAAGGGUUCCGAGGCGAUCUAUAUUUGAGACCGGCGCGAUGGUACUCUCUUUCGCAUACGAGUAAGUCAUAAUGUCAAAAAAAAUAAAGAAAAGAGAAAUGUAUAUGAACUGUGAUUAGCUCGUCGAAUUCGAACAUCUAGACGUUGAAAAACGUGGCAACGGUUAAAACGACGACAAAAGAUUCUUCUGUAAUAGAUCGGCAAGAUGAUAAGAAGGUAUUUUUGUUUUUUUUAUUCGUUUAUCGGAAAAGCUAAGACGCUCACACCGCGAUUAUUGUACAUUAAUACGCAUCAGCGUUGGACAUUAUUCAAAUAAAUAUAUUUACUAAUACAAUUAUACCGAACACAAAACUAUUCGUGAUUAUACAAGAGAUGUUCACGUCAAAACCGGAAUUUAAUUUUUAAACAGGUGAAGAGACAAAAUUAUGAGUAAAGAACAUUUAUUUUUCAACGUAAUCUUCAUUUACAUCACAGCAUUCACAAUCAAGCAAUUCUGAACAGACGCGAACUCUCUCUUGCUUCUGAGGAUCAGUCAGUUGUUUCAGAACCCUUCUCGCAGAGAUUUUACGAAAGUGUAGGUGGUCGUGGAUAAUUUUUUCAACAUUUCCAAUACUUAUGGACGUUCAUUUCGCUAUUUCACGACCAAUUACUUACCGGCCAAUUACUACACGACCAAUUACUAUCGGCGCUCAAGAUGAGGUUCUCUAUUGAAUGUUGACAUCAGUCAUCAUCGUGGCAUCUGACUCUCCUCUUCCAGCGUUGUCUCGAACUGAUUCGCGCUCUUUAAAGUGUGCACACUAUUCAUAGAUCUGUGUCUUCAGAGUUUGUUCUCCAAACUAGGCUAUAAGUCUUAGCAAAAUUUUGGCUAAUUUAACAUCUUUGUUCACAAGAAAACGAAUAAUAAUAUGCUGCGCAAUAGCUUUAUUGGGUGCGUCGUCCGCCAUCUUGAAUAACUGACAAUAUAUACUCUUUUCAGCGAGAGAAUAUACCUCGGUCUACGCAUAGGAAAAGCAUAGCGGCCAAAGUGGGGAGAGCGUUGACAUGGAGCGCGUUCAGUAGAACAAACCAUUUAGUAGCAAUCGAACGUGAUUGGCUCUUACUUUUAGAACCAACAAAUCAACGUUAAGUAUUGACAAGACGACAAUUCAGUAGUUGUUUUACUGAACGCAGCCCAUGGACGUAAGAAUAUAUGGACAGAGCGAUAGCCAGCGGGGUUGAAGUCAGAGGGGCAAAGGGAAAACUAGCCGACCAAGAUGGCGGCUACGGGUAAUUCGGGUAACUAAACGAGCGCGGAAUGUAUAAUAUAUAAAUAUUAUUCAUUACACAAGCGCCAAGCCAAGAUUAGGUUAAUAACACCGUCAUUUUUCUAGCCAAUCAACAUAUCGCUGCAUGAUUUCCCUCUGCCGCUCAGGCUUCACCUCCCUCGCCUAUAAGACUUAUCGCUCUGUCCAUAUAUUCUUAGGUCCAUAACGCAGCCAUUGACAAGCUGCACGAGCAGUUUAGUCUUGUGGAGUGGGGGGGGGGGGGCUUUAUAAGCGUCCCGUGAGGGGAGAUCUGCACGAAACGGAUGAGUUUUUGUCCGAAACGAGUAUAUUCUCUCGCUAGAUAAAGUAUAGUUGCUAUGACAAUAUGUUAUUCUUACAGAAAGUUUAUACGGACGUAUUUAAUUGUAAAUAUGAUAUGCUUGAUGUAAAAACACAAACAGUACGCAAUUACUGAAAAAAUUCCGGUUUUGACAUCCCUCGUAAAUUUGUCAAUUAAUUGUUUUACAUGAAUCAUUUAUCAUUGACAUAAAUUUAGUCAAUCAUUAAUGAUAUUUAUUAAUCAGAAUCCUAGAAAUAAAUUUGUGUUCAACAAUAAUGCAUAUAAAUAUAGAUAAAUAGAUACAAAUAUUUGUGUGUGAAAGAGAAACUUCUGAUCACAGAAUCUAUAAGAUAUAUUCAAAUUGUAACACCAAUUGUGCCUCUCUGACACGACGCAAUGUCUAGGAAAAGUGCGAUGAAAGAUACGCGUAAUUUGCAUAAAAAUACUCGAUAUAUUUUUGAUAUCGAUCGAUUUUUAUUAUCGCGACGUUACAUAUAGCUCAAUGAAUAAACGGUGCCUUCAACUUGCCAAUGUGAAGAUCCCCGAUAGACAAUAAUUAAGAGAACAAAAUCUUGCUAUUUUACAAUAAUUGUAUAUAAUAUAAUAAAUUUAUAGGAUACGAGAGGAAUUGUUCGCCGCUAUGUCUAUUAUUACACGAAGAUGGCUACGUAAUAUGUAAUAUUUUAUUUAAUGCUUAAGAUUUGCGCACACAGCGCACAUUUAUACACAAAGGAAUUGUAUUUAUCGCGUAUGGACUCCGAUUCUUUCUUUUCUUAUCGUACAUUUUGAUCGGCCAACUUUCUUGAGCGCCAAGCGGCAGAGCCGGAUUUAAAGAAGUGGGGGCUCCGGGGCGGCAGUGGGGACCGUUAAUUCGUAAGAGAUUAAAAUCAUUGAAAACUCAUUUAAAAAUUCGUAAAUUUAAAAAAGUUGAAAAUACAUAUUUCAAUAUUAUUACAACAAAUAUUUAAGAUAUAUUUAAUGAUACAAACUACAAUGUUUGCGAUACUCUGGCAUUCAAAAUGCACAUCGCGGUCAUCAUCCGGGAACCAAUGGCAUAUAUUUAAGAAAUAUUUGAUACAUUUCCAAAACAUAUAUCAAAUAUACAUAUAUAGAUUUUUUAACCAAAUUUUCUUUUUAAUCAAGUUUUGUUUGUGGGGGCCCCCAAUUUGUGGAAGCCCCUGGGCGAUCGCCCUGUCCGCCCAUCUUCAAAUCUGGCACUGCCAAGCGGUACGAUAACAGUCGAUAGCAGCUCUCGCGAUAUCACAUAAAUGCAAACGUAACAUAUAAAGACUUACAGCAAAUGAGAAUUGUGCCUUCGAGUUCCGCAGAGUAUAAGACAAGCAGGUUUUGUAGGUGAAUCUAUUAUUAAAUUAUAUGGGAAGAAACGCAACGUUUUUCCACAAAUCGCCUCCAAGUCGAUUAAACGUUCAUUACUAAUUAAUAUAUAUCUCUCAGAGAUAUUAAUUUACUGAUUACGCGUGUAAUGUAAUGUAAUGUAAUGUAAUGCAGGGCAAAGAGACGUCUGUACGGUCGACGGGAGCUUCAGAGAACUCAUCCUUACUGCUCGCGGGGCAUCGUUCCAUACAUAAACAUUCCAUUGCGUAUGGCGCGCCAACAAUUUUUCCCUUUCCCUAUUUGAUUCAUCUUUCUGUGCUUUGCGUUAUUAAGUCCUUUCUAAAAUCAUUUAUUAAUCACUCUAGCGUAAUUAUUAACGUUAAUUUCUAGAUAUAUUGAUUGUCUUAAAUUAAGUAUUUGGCGCGGAGCGGUAGGACGAUUCUCUGGUCUCUUCUCUGCCAAAACCAAAACGACAUUGUUAAGAUAAUCAUAUAAUCACGUGUAUACACAAUACACAUAAUGAAUAAUAAUGAAGUUAUUGUAAAGAUUAUGGAGAAAGAGGGAGAGAAAAAGAAUGUUUGUGUAUGUAU